AUGCUGGCGAUGCACUUGCUGGCUGGCGAGGGCUGCGCACGUGACGAGGAGGCUGGGCUGCGCUGGCUCGGCGCCUCGGCGGCGGCGGGGUACGCGCCGGCCGAGAACAACCUGGGCGUGGUCUUGGCGAAAGGUCUGGUUGGGCAGCCGGCGACCACCAAGGCGAAGAGCCACUUCCAGGCGGCGGCCGCCAAGGGGGACGAGAAAGCCAAGCGGAACCUGGAGGUCCUCCAAGCCGCAGAACGGCCGCGGCUGAAUCUGAGCGCUGGGCAGCUCGGGCAACUGGAGGCGCUCUGCCGUCUGGUGGAGGACCUGGGCGCAGAGGCCCCAGACGCUGGCCUGAGCCCGCAGGUGGAGAAGCUGCAGUCCAUCCUGCUGCAAGUGCGCCGAGCCGCCGAGCCGCUGCCAGCGAAGGUGGCUCGCGCACCAGCCGCCGCAGCUGAGCCAGGCCUUUCAGAGGCCGCUCCGGGCGUCCGCAGCGUGAGGCGCGCGAGCGCCCUCUCGGAGGACGUGGCCUCACUUCUCGAGGCUGGGGAGCCCAUCUUGCUCACAGACGCCAUGCCGUUUCUGGAGGGCCAGCGCGUGCUGGAGUUCAUGCCGAGGCUGAUGGCCGCCAGCGGCCGGGACAUUGUCAGCUAUGAGAUUCAGGAGGGCAAGGCAGUCCAGGAGCACUCGGCACCCCUGGCACACUACAUCCAGGAGAUCCAGCGGAGCAGGCCAGGCGCAGGCUACCUGAUGGCAUCGGAUGCAGUGCUGCGGCGCCCAGAGCUCGACGACCUGCUGUGCCCGCCCGAAGGGCUGGAAGCUGGCACUGGUGUAGACGGCCUGGAGCUCCUCGAAGCGGAUGUGCGCUGGCUCUGCAUUGCAGGAGACGGGGCAGUGACCCGGUUGCGGCGCGAUGCUGUGGUUUUGGCCUCCUGGAGCAUGCUGGUGCUAGGCUCGGCGCAAUGGUCGUUGCUGCCACCCACCACCCUUGCCGCUUGGGACGGCGGCGGCGUCUGGGGCAACUCCGCGGCAGAGGAUGCCUCGUCCAAGGGCCGGGAGGUCUGGGAGACUGCGCAGGAGAUGGGCGAGGUGCUGGUUGUGCCACCGGGAUGGUGGCACCAGGCCAGCUACAGCGAUCGGACCCUGGCGAUCAGCGCUCCGUUCCUGGCCCCGCAGCAGCGUGGCCUGGCGCGGCGCGAGGCCGCGCGGCGCUGUGCGGCGAUGGAGGGCCCCAAAGAAGGCGAUGCCUUGCAGUGGCUGUCGGAGCAGGCUGCUCGUGUUUUUGCGGUCGGGUUCACCUUGAGCUGGCCUGGACGGUGCCUCGCGACUGUCGCAUGGUCACAGGGGCCGGUCUUGACCCAGGAUUCCCUGGUACGCAGGCUCUGGCUACCAACGGUGGCCUGCCCUGGAACCAAAACUUGGAAGAUUCUGGGUCCCCCGUCACCUCUGCCCAAUUAUCACGGCGCCUUCCACUUUUCAAGGUACAUCCUUUACCCCAGGAGGAGGGGCCCUGUGAGCCUCACAGCAUCGCAGGAGAAUGAGAAGGAGAAGGAGAAGGAGAAGGAGAAGGGGAAGGGGAAGGGGAAGGGGAAGGGGAAGGGGAAGGAGAAGGAGAAGGAGAAGAAGGUGGGGGUGGGUGGAGAUGGGAGGCACCGUAGGAGCCUGGAUGAGCAGCGAGACCCUCGUGCCAUUCCAUCGACUCUUGUGGAGGGCGCCUUCCUCAAGCUGGAGCCGCUGAGCUUGCCGCUGGCGUCCGAGCGGCAGGAGAAGAAGGAAGUCAAGGAGCCCACGGACACGGACUACCACAUCGACCUGCCGGACAACAGCUUUGUGGAUGUCGAUGUCGAAAAGCAGCUUGCUCCCUUCGUAGACAAGCGCUAUGAUGCGAACGUGGCGCAGCUGCGGAAGGCAACCGCCACCACGGACGCCAAGGCAGCGGCGGCCGCAGAGGAGGCAAAGCAGGCCUCCAAGCGAGUGGAGGAGCUCGUGAAGCAGAACGAGGCUCUCCUGGCCGAGGCCAAGGACUUCAGCAAGGAAGCAGAGCUGUCUGCCAAGGAUGCUGAGUCCAGCAGUAAGAAGAUGGAGCAGCAGUUUGCUGAGGCCAAGGAGUACGCCAAGGCGGCGGACGCCGGCGCCAAGGAGCUGGCGAAGAAGGCAGUGGACGAGCUGUUUGCCGGCAAGUAUCGCGAGCUGGACGGCUGGCGCCGGGAGGUUCUCACGGACCACUGGGCCGAGGGCCGACGUGCUGCCUUGCAGGCCGCGGAGCCCUUUGAGCAGGCCAUGGGCCACGCCAUGGAGCAGGCGAACAAGUACGUGAUGGCCUCCAGCGUGCUGACGUCGGUGGCAAAGGGCCUCAAGGACCAAGCCACGAAGGCGACGCUCACGGCUGGUGAGAAGAGGAUCGCUGGCGACUUCAAGGGGGCCGCGCGGCUCGACGCUGCAGCGAAGGCCAUGCGAAGCCACGGCCAGGAUCUUGUCAGCUACGCGAAGGACCUCAAGGCCGAGUCUGAGAACUUGUCCAAGGAGGCCCCCACCUACCUUGAGCGCGGCCUCCGAGCCGGGCGCAGUGCGGAGUACAACGCCAAUCCCGAGGCAUUGCCGCCACUGAAUGCGAAUCCGGCCCUGGCGUACCUGCCCACGGCCUAA